CUUGGAAGUACUCACUCUCAGGGAAGACACCACAAACUCCCAUCAACUCGCCUCAUGCUUCCGUAACCCGCUCUGCCAUUAAUCACCUUAGCCUCCGCGGCGCCUUCUACAGACACUUCUGCAAGCUCCAAAGCUACCCCGCUACCCCGCCAAAUACUCCAGCAAGAUGUCGCACAACCAUCACCACCACGGCCACGACGAAGAGCACGCCGAAGCCCACAACCACGUCCACGAUCACAGCGACGACAUCACCCCUGCGCUGCAAAACCUGCUCUACGAGCAAAUCGACUUCAGCAAGCUACAGACGCUGAACGAGGACGAGUCGAGCUCGGGCAGGAAAAUAUGCCAGAAGACAUGGGCGCAGCGCUUAGAGCCGAACCCGGAGCUGAAGAGCUUUGCCGAUGAGCAGCUGCUCAUGAUAGUACCCUUCACAGGACAAGUCCGCCUCCACAGCAUCCUAAUCCGCACCUCGCCCACGUCCGCCUCGCCAAAAACCCUCAAAGUGUUCGUCAACGUCGACACCAUGGACUUCGAGACCGCGUCCGAGAAGCCCCCGACCCAAACCCUCGAGAUCUCGCAGACGUCCGAAGUCCAGGAGAUACCCGUCAAACGCGCGUUCUUCAACACAACGCGGAGCCUUGCGCUAUUCUUCGAGAAUAACUGGAGCCAGGGAGAGGAGGACGAGACGCGGGUCAGCUAUCUGGCAUUCAAGGGCGACUUUAUGAAGUUGAACAAGGAGCCGGUUAGUUUCUUGUAUGAGGCUGCGGCGAAUCCGAGCGAUCAUAAGACGAUUGUGGGGACGAAGGAGGGCGUGGGGCGGCAGAUACAGUGAGCCAAAGUCAGGAUGCAACAAAAUUAGGACUAGGGCUUAACAAAGCCGAUAAAAGCAAGAAAGAAACCGGCGCAUGGGCGGAGUAAAACGGCGUAGACUGGUUGCGGCAUUAUAUACCUAAGUAUUCAUUACCAGAUCAAUAUCCUUC